AUGAACGAUGGCGAUGAGAUCAAUUUUCGCGAUGCUACUCUAAUUGGAAAUGGAGCCUUUGGAUGCGUAUAUCUCUUUCGGAAUCCAACGUUUGUGGUCAAAGUGAUGCAAUGUGAGGGAGACAGAUUUCAGCAGGCGACAAAACGCAAAUACUCUCAAGCUGAAGGCGAGAUUUUAAAGAAGUUAGAUCAUCCAAAUAUCAUUCGAUCAUUUCGAACCCUCGAGAUUCUUCAUCAUGAUCAAAUGUCUUUUGCGAUUGUGAUGGAAUUCUGUGAGCUGGGAUCAUUGGAUCAAAUCGUCUUUACACCAAAAUACAUUUACACAAUGAAAACGGUGGUUGAAUGGAGCACACAACUCUUCUCGGCUCUCAUUUAUUUACAUGAAAUGCAUCGUCUCACCCAUCGCGAUGUUAAGCCCGAAAACAUCCUUGUCACGGGCGAUUUCAUUCUAAAGCUCGCCGAUUUUGGGACAGCAAAGAAAAACGACAACACUCGCAUUGGAUCUUUUAUUGGAACGACUAGAUACAUGAGUCCAUCAAGAGAUCGGGAUAAUGUUGAUCCAUUUGAUAUGAGUCGAGCCGUGAUUUCUAACAAGAACGAUAUCUACGCGAUGGGGUUGGUCUUGUGGGAACUUAUCGAAAGAAAAAAAUCCCUACUCGAUUAUGAUACACGAAGACAAAGCUUUGAUUUGGUGAAAUUUCGUCAUCACGUGCACCGGGAUCAAUUGCUUCGAAUUGUGGCGCCGAAUUGUGGAAAAGAGAUCCAGAAGAUCGUCAUGAAAUGUACAGAGUUUCGUGAUGAAGUAAGACCGAGCGCGAAAAUGGUGCUCCAAGAAUUGAAAAGGAUCAAUAAGGGUGACCGGUUCCUUCAGGGCUUGGAUCCUUUGCCAAAGGUGGUUGAUGAGCUAAGGCACCUUAUUCGGCCGAUCGGUUUCAACAAUCAACAGAAUCAAGUGGCGAUUGGUGAGGAGACAACCGGAAUGGCCAUGCUGCCACCCACAAUAUCAACCUUUGCUUUACCAACUUUUUGCCCCGAAGAAAAUACCGACGAAUCAUUCAAGAAAUUUGGUGUCGAUGAAUCGCUACCAAAAACUCGAAAUCAAAAGAAAAGCACCAGGCGUCUACGGCAACGAUUUGAUGGUCUCUUUAUCUUGGACAGGAAGCACUACAAGAUCAUUCGGAAUCUAGUGAUUCUGCUUUGUGUGCUGAUGCUGGUUGGAUCAAUUGUGAUCCGUGAAAUCCGUUCGACACCAAACGUGAACGAUGGGUCAAUGGCGCAACCACCCACUACAGGCAACGGGCUGCGACCACCGGCACCGCAAGUACCAUCAUCUACGAUCCCGCCAACACCACCGCCAACACCAGGACCAACCCUGCCCUCAAAUUUCCCGCCUAUAAGAACUGAACCUCCAAGUCAAAUCACCACAAUCACUGAUGAAGAAGGGACAGAGCCACUCAUCUUCUCGCAAAAGAUCCAUCGUAACUCGGACGGUGAGUGCUUUGAGUACUCGUGUCUGGGUUGCCCGGGUGGUGGUUGUUGUAACGUGCUUGUAAACCCUUGCCCGAUGAGUAACGUACUUUUCAAUCCCGGCAAUAACCCAAUAAUCUACAAAAACUCGAAUGGUGAUUGCUAUCGGAAAUUUUGCAAUGGGCGUCCAAGUGCAUUAUGCGAUCGACCUAUUGUUUUAUGCAUCGAUGCGGCAAUCUACGUUGGCAGAAGGAGAUCUCGUUCAUUUCGAUCAGUCUACUCUAUCCAUGAU